AUGAUCUUGCAAUUCAGUCGUUUCGUCAAUUCUGGCGCCGGACUGGAGAAGACGCUGCGUCUGAUCCAGUCCGUGGCCCUGAUCGCAGCGGUGUUCACUGGUGGGAGCACUGCCGUGCGAUUCACGACUGCCAAAUUGCAAUUGGCGCUGACACGUCGCUUCUUCCGUUUCUUUGGCUUCAUUGGGUCCUUCCAGCAUGUCUCGGCGCUGCUCAAGAAGGAAGGGUUGGGGUCAGUGCCUGGGUGGCUGGACCUGGCCAAGUCGACUUGCUUUGGACUCUACUUCUUACUUGAGGACUUGACUAUUCUGCAUGCAAUGGACGUCUACCGCGUCCCUUGGGAAGAGCGGGUAAUGCGUGAGGCAAACACGUUCUGGUUCUACGCUUUAUCUUUCUCUCUCGCCGGUGCUGUCUAUGGAUUGCUUUUCUCUGGGUCUGGGGGGCAGGCAUCCCAGGUGAAGGACCAAAAGGAAAAGGCCGAGGCGGUUGCCGUCGUCAAAACCGAUGCCCCAGAUACUUCAGAUUUAGUGCGACAAAUCGUGGUGAAUUUCUGUGAUUUGCUGAUUCCUGCGAAGUUCCUUGGCUGGAUACCCACGGGCGACCUGGUGCUGGGGGUGACGAUGGUGUUGAGCACCCUGCUGACAGGUCGGGAGAUUUGGAAAAGAAUGAUGCCAUCCUAUCCCACCAACCAAAAACAUCACGGGCGGACGGACCCAUUGUUCAGUUCCACUUAUUUAAAAAACACGGCAGACAUCUUUCUGAUGGGCAAAAAAGAUCUGGACUCGCGGGGAAUCGAACCCCGGACCACUCCCAUGCUAAGGGAGUAUUAUACCACUAAACCACAAGCCCAGUUGUGU